AUGGGAACUUCCAAGCAAGUCGGCCCUCCUACCGACUUUCCCAGUACCCACGGCAACAGCUUGCUAAAACCCAACGGCGACCCAGCUUCCAAGACACGAGCCAAUGGCGACAAAGGCGAAAGAGUGGACGUCGAUAUGAAGGAUACCAUCGCUAUCUUGGAGGCUGAGCUUAUCAGCUGCGAGGAUGAGCUCAAACAAACGCGAGAGAAGUACACGAUGCAGAAGAUCAAGAGGGAAAAGCUUGAAAAUGAAUGGAGCAUCCAAAAUGAUGCUUUGAAGAAGGGUGAAGCGGAUCGCGAGUGUUAUGCCGAAAUUAUAGAUCAAGUGCUGAAGGAGUGCACGAUCCCGUACGCCAAACAACAUGGGAUCUCGCCAGAGAAAUGGUCGAGAGAAUCUUUCGAUGACGUCAUGGCACUUCUGGGUCGCGAUGCUCUGAAUGCUAAAUCGCUGCAAGAUCAGGUACAAGGUCUGCGAGCGGAGCGACAAGUCUUGCAAAAGGAGGUUGGAGCUUUGCAGAACGACAUGUUGGCCAAAGUCAAGAAGAUCCAGACUGUGAACGAUGAGGCGUUCGCGCAGGAAUUCCGCAACAUCACCUCCCUCAUCAAGACGCUGAGCCGUGAGGUUCGCUACACCAGCCAGGAGAACAUCGUUGACAUCCUCGCCUCCGGAACGUUGCUCACUGAUGUGUCCCGAGCCCAUUGGGACAGGCGAGCCAACAGGAAGUCCCUGACUGAAGCCUGGUUCUGGUCCGUCCUGGUCGACAACGUCUUCCGAUCUCCCUUCGCAUCUUUUGGAGAGCGAUGCGACAUCCUAAGUGCAGUCUGGCAGUCCUUGUUCGAGGACCAACACUGCAACGGUUGGCCAACUCCCACGGCCCUGUCCGAAACAUGGCGCCACACAACGAUGGAUCAAAUGGUGGAAAAGAUCGAACAAGAUGUUGACGGUGCUAAGCAGCUGAAGCAGCAGUACCGAUACCUUCAAGAGGACAUCGUCGAAUUUCGCAAUAGCAUCAUCAUGUCGCUGCAAUCAGGAUUGUCGAAGGAGUCCUCUACGAAACACUCACCGAAGAUCAUACAACUUGUCGACAAAGCUUUCGCUCUGGCAACCAAGAUGAGCGUCCAGCGUGCACGCCUCCAAGUCACCUACCCCAAGGUUGGAGAGAACUUCGACGAGCAUGUGAUGGCGCCCCUCUCAAGCGUAGACGGCGACCACACCGAAAAUGGCGUUGUGGCAUUCAUUGUGAACCCAGGCCUCACGAAGUGGGGAGAUGCACAUGGCAAGAACCUUGACCAUCGCUACGACAUUCUGCCGUCUCUGGUACAGCUGGAGAGGCAGGUGCCAAAGGAGACGAUCGAUUCUGCCAACGCUGACGUUGUGAAGCGUAAAGCGUAA